AUGGCUACCAACUGGGAAAGCGAACGGGAUUACUUCUCGCAGGACCCUUCCAGCCCAUCCGAUUCUUUCUAUAAAACUCCUCCCGCCUCGAUCUCCCGGCAUUCGUUGCAUCGCAGAGAUUCCUCUCCCGGCCCAUCGUCGUCACCAGCUCCAUUUCCAUCAGGUCGCCGAGAUGCAGAAUCGAGAGGCAACAUACACCUUGUAAACGAUGAUACAAUUUCUCCCCUGGAUCCUCGCAGGUUUACACCGACCUUACACGCCUCGCUUGUCUCGGAGAUAUUAUCGUUGCGCCGUGACUUGGAAAGUAAAACCAAGGAGAUCGACACACUCGAGUUAAGUCUGGAAAAUGCAAGAACAGAGGCAGAAUCACUUCAAGAGACCGUUUCCAAGAAUGCCCAGGAGACUCGUUCUCUUAAACGGCAGCUACAGCUGCUGGAAGGAGGCUCUAAUUCGGCAAUAACGGACCUAGCAAAGGAGAGAGACGAGGCUUUGGAAAACAUAUCUGAUGUUCGGAAGAGACUUGAGGUAUCACAGAAGAAGGUUCGGGCCCAAGAAGAGCAAAUUGAACAGACUCAGUUGCUAUGGAACCAAGAUAAGCAGAAGUGGGAUGAAGAGCGGCGGAACCUCGACAGAAAAGUUCAUGUGGUCGAAGGGCGAUUGAAGCUUGUUCUCAGCGAAAUCGCUGCUGCGGAGGCUUUCAACGCAAAUCGCCCAGAGAACGAAGAAGACCUUGAUGGCUAUAGACGAGAUGGGGCCAUCACACGAGACAGCGACGCCGCGACUGUUAGGUCGAGCAGUGCAGCAGGAAGACACAGGAGAAGUACUGCCAGCAUUGGCAACGACGGAGAUCUCCAAAACUUCCGAUACUCUAUCAUGAGCCAAGUCAAUGGUCACGCAUCAAAGGCUGGAGCCCUUAAUCUUGCAGAUGAGCUUGCGUUUGACGAAGAACACGAAAAUACAAGCUAUAGCACCGAGGAUGAGCGUCCAGAAUCGCGUGAUACUCUUCCUGAAGAAAAUUACAUCCCAAAUCAGUCGCAUCCACUGGACUUGAAAGCCCGGAGAAUUUUAGGCCUCUCUUUGGAUGCUCCUGAAAUGCUUGUCCAAAGAUCUCUGGCGACGAACGACGUUAUGGAUGAUGAUGCCAAAACAAUCUCGGGCAACAUGCGAUUUGAAUAUAAGGACAUGGGUAUUCAGUAUACUCCUCCCCCAUCUCCUAAGCUCAUCCCCGACAAACCUCCGGUCGUUUUCCAAUCUUGCGGUACGCAAACGGAGGAAACCGACACAGUCGAAAAGGACCAGGACCCAAAAAAUGCGACUAUUCCUCGAGAAACAGUGGACCAAGGCACAACUACAACUCCUGUUGUGAUGAUAGCUUCCUCAUGCCAAACGAUAGAGGAAGUAAAGCCUCAAGCCGAAAUACCCAGUGGCGAAGUUUCAACUACACCAGAAACAGCCUCUGCCAGCACCCAAACCGACGAUGUAGAGAUCAAAGAAGCCGUGCAGCCCCGGCUUCAGAUGCCUAUUCCAAUAAUCACCGUUCAUCCUCCUGGAUCAAAUCCUCCAUCGCCAAGGAGCAGCGUAGUUCUGCCGCCGCAAACAAAAUCUGCCGCCUCCCAAACUGAUUCCGAAUUACCCUCGAAUACUCGUUGCUCCGGGAUGCAAACGGAAGAAAUACGAGUAGAUAAACGAACAUUAAACCUUCGAACCGGGCUGCUACCAUCGGCUAUGCCCGAUAAACCUCUCAGUUCCGAUAUGUCUGAUGUAUCUUCUAGCCUGCCAGUUUCCCCUUACUUCCCUCCACCUCCAAAAUCGCCGCGAAGGAAACUUCGUAACCCUCCACCAGUUGAAAGUCCCCCCAGAAUCACCAAAACGCAACACUUCGACACGUAUCAAGCCUACCCAGGAAAUAAUGAUAAUGGCCCCCUUACUGAAGAUGAGCACUCAGAUAUCCGUCGACCAUUUAGAUCGAGCAGCCUCUUUGCUGGUUUUGGCGAUAUGAGCGACGAAGAGACACAGCAAAAACGGCAAGAGUUAUUUAGUGAUGACGAGCUGUUGAACCGGCCAAUGGCGUCGUAUACCUUGAAGUCUGGGAAAUUGGUCUCCAAGAACUCUCCCAAUAUCCUUAACGAUAACCCUGAAAAAAUACACGAUGGUCAAUAUUCUCCCAGGGAAUCUAUAGACAGAGAAGUGAAACUCCAUCGGUCUGCCACUCGACGUAAAUCGAAUGCAAAACGGCCAGCGAGAGCUCAGUUGAAACAAGCUUCAACGUUCAAGGAACCAGAUAUGCGGCGCGCUGCGAUGAUUUCUAGCUCCACGGCUGCUCAUCAGUCAUUUCGUCCACGUAGCCCUAGUGCUCCCAGCAUUGGUAGCUCAGGCACCCAGAACCCUGCUCUCCCUCCAUUUCCUGUACCUGUUCGUUUCAGCUCUCGAAAACCAAGAGGUAGCAGUGAAGGAGCGCAGAGCCCAACCCCUUACAGGAACGGAAACAUGUCAGACCGUAUGGGAGAUGGCUUCAUCCGGAAAACUCGAUCAGCGGCUGUCGUUGCUCGAACUCAACCCAACGGAUAUCAAUCUCCGCCUACCAUUUCAACAUCAUCAGUUGCUCCAGACAGCCCGCAGUAUCCACCAAUGCCCCUUGAUGAGAUAACAGCUCAAACCAAGAAAAGCUUGCAGAAACGUACAAAUCGCCAGCCCUCCUCAAGCGCGCAUUCUCAUUCUCCAGGGGAUUCAAAUGCCACAAAUGUGCAACCGACGAGCGUCGUCGAUGCUAUUGCACAGACUAUGAUAGGGGGAUGGAUGUGGAAGUAUGUACGCAGGAGAAAGUCGUUUGGUAUGCCAGAGAAUUCAAAGGACGGAUGGGAAGCAGGCAAGAGCCCAGAGGAAGCAGCUGCAGCGGCUGCGAAUACGGGUGUCAGGCAUAAGAGGUGGGUGUGGCUGGCUCCGUAUGAGCGUGCUAUCAUGUGGAGUAGCAAGCAGCCCACAAGCGGCCCAGCUUUGUUGGGUAAGAGUGGUAGAAAAUUGGUCAUCCAAUCCGUCCUUGAUGUCAAAGAUGAGAACCCGCUGCCCAAGGGUGCCAGUCCACAGAACCAGGUUAACCGCUCAAUACUAAUUUUGACUCCCCAGAGAGCGUUGAAAUUCACCGCCAUGACGAUAGAACUCCACUUCAUCUGGUUGACUGCUCUGUCUUUCCUCAGCCAUUCUUCGAUGGCAAUGACUGAUCUUGCAGCUUUGCCUCCAGUGCCCCAGGAGGAGUAUACUCCCCGGCAACCUACAGCUGCACUCCGACGUAAUCCAAUUCGCGAUUCUAUAAGGGUAGCAAAAGGCAAAAGCCGUUCAAAUGGCAAAUCCAAGCGAUCUUUCGCAGUACAGCAGGCGGCUGUACCGGAGGUCCCGCACAUCGAAGGUUAUGGUGAUGAGCCCGUUGCUGAUGCCGCCGAUCCUCCAUACGUCCCGAGAUUUUCAUCGCAUACAAGGAAAAGGAGCAACACCGCUCCACGACCCGUCCCUAAUGCAUUCCGAAGCUUUUCCAAUCACACGACAGCAGCGGCGUCCACCUACAGUGCGACAACCGCUGGCUCAUCGGAUCUCCAGUCUCCUUCAUCUAUAGGCCCUCCCGGAAUCCACAGCGGUCAAAGUAGCUUCAGCCAUCGAACGUCGGAAGCCAGCGGGCCCAUCAAUGCCGGAACACCAAACUUUUUCGACGCUGUUGGCACGGUGAGAAUGGAGGCUUUUGUCGACAGAUCUGAAGUAUCUCGCCAGCGAGGUUAUCGUAACAGGUAUUAUGGCAAGAAGAGGAACCCUGUCUACUGGCCACAGAGUCCUGACACCGAUUUCCCACGCUCUGACGAUGGGAGCGAUAUCUUCUUCCGCCACGAUGACCCGUUCAAGGGAUUUUGAUAUAUAUUCCUUCCUCAAACCACACGUCUAAAAAGUACUUGUUCAAUUCCAUCUUGAUAAAUUUGUCCACCACGUAUGGACACCACUCUGACUAGACUUUGCGCACGGGGCUCCGGAGCCACUUGCCCUUCUCCCUUCCCUUUUCACCUUGGCCUUCUACUUGGGACCUGACUUUAUUGGGAAUAUCCGGACUCUCUUGGUACGCUGAGAAUCUUUUGCCAGUCGCACAACAUUUGAGUUGAGUAUUUCCUGGAUUUGGAAGAAUAACAUCGCUUCGUUUCCGCGUUGUUGGCUCUCAAGUGGCGGGAUUCUUGGUUCAUCACGCAUCUCCAGAGCCCCAACAGGUUAUUAUUGCUUUUUGUUCUGGCAGAGCUAUUAUUUUAGUAGCUAUGUAUUUUGAUACACCCUGGUCUAGGUUUUCUUUUUUCUUUUUUUUUUUUCGCCGUCGUCUCUUCUUAGCCUGUGGGAGGUUUGGCUGUAUAUUAUGUACUUCUAAUUUUAAAUUCAAAGAGCCACGCGGAGAUC